GUGUGGUUGAGGAAAGGUGAAAAAGAGCAGCAAAAAUGCCGAUCAAUGCUGAACAUAUUGGUAUCACUGGCGUGGCCGGCCGGUUCCCCAACUGUGCCAACGUCGAAGAGUUGAAAGAAGGCCUUCUGGGAGGUGUAGACCUCCUAUCCAACAGCCACGACAGAUGGUCCUGCGAAAGCUUGGAAACCUCAUCUCGUCUUGGAAUAAUCCACGAUUUCGAAUACUUCGACGCCGCUUUCUUCGGCAUCAACCCCCGAGAAGCCAACACGAGCGACCCCCGAUUGCGCAAAAUCCUCGAAGUAACCUACGAAGCGGUCCUCGAUGCUGGGUUAAACCCCACCGAAUUGCGUGGAAAAAACGUUGGGGUUUUCCUCGCCGUCACCCAGAAUGAUAUUUCCGACUUGGACUACCGUGGAGGGAUCAUCGCAAGAUCUGCGGCUAUCAUGGCCAACGUUGUCUCAUUCUCCUUUGAUUUCAAAGGCCCCAGUCUCGCUGUCAACACCGCCUGUUCGAGCGGGUUUUACGCAUUGACAAGUGCUGUUGAUUCCAUGUUGGCUGACAGAUGCGACAUGGCCAUUGUUGGUGCAGUCCAGCACCAAUUCGAUCCUGCAGAAAGCAUGGAAUUGAUCAAAUUGCAGGUUUUGCACAAGGAAGGAGUCUGCAGGUCGUUUGAUGCCAACAGAAAAGGAUACGUCAAAUCCGAGGCAAUUGCUGCUCUCGUUUUGCAAAAAAUCGACGAUAGUAAAAGAAUGUAUGCGACUCUUGCCGGUUUCGGGUGCAACGUCGAGGGUUUCAAAAGGGAUGGAAUGGCACAUCCCUCACACAAAAUGCAAAUGGCGAUGUUCCAACAAGUUUUUAAACAUUUCAAUAUUGAUCCUUUAGAUGUUAACUAUGUUGAGACGCACUGUACCGGGACUAGAGUCGGGGAUGUAGAAGAAGUAGCUGCGAUUGAUGCUUUCUACACCAAGGGGCGUAAAACCCCCGUGUUGAUUGGCUCAAUUAAGAGCAAUCUUGGUCACACUGAAACCACCUCAGGGCUGGUUUCGUUGACUAAAGUCGUCAUUGCAAUCCGAGAAGGGGUCAUUCCUGGAAAUUUACACUUUAAAACGCCGGAUCCUGAAAUGAGGGGUAUCUGCGAAGGGCGUCUAAAGGUAAUUGAUAAAAAUAUGCCCAUACCGGAGGGUCUCAUCGCCGUGAAUGUCUUCGGCUUUGGAGGAGCAAACGCCAUGGUCGUUUUGCGUCCCUUCAAAGAACGAAAACAAGUCAUCAAUAACCUAAGUCAUAGAUUAGUACACGUUUCUGGUAGAUCUGAAGAAGGAGUGAAAUUGAUGCUUGAUGCAGCAGUAAAACACAAAGCCAAUGCCCAAUUCCUGGCUCUUCUUGAUAAUAUUUUCCACAAGCCUAUUGACAAUCACAAUUACCGCGGUUUUGCGAUCUUAUCCAACGACAGUCAUAUGCAAAUAACCCAAACAUCGACGAGGAAACGUCCAGUUUGGUUCGUGUAUUCCGGUUUUGGGGCCCAAUACCCAGGCAUGGGCAAAGACAUGAUGAAAAAUGAAGUGUUCAGGAACACCAUCAAGGUUUGUGCUAACGCUUUGAAACCACAUGGUGUCGACCUCGAAGAUAUUAUCAUGAACGGAACCGAGGAAACGUUCAAUAAUCUUAUCAACACUUUCACUGCAAUUACUGCGAUCUCUGUAGCUUUGACCGAUGUUUUAGCUAGUUUGAAUAUCACACCUGCCGGGAUUAUCGGACAUUCUUUAGGUGAAGUCGCUUGCGCAUAUGCCGAUGGUUUGAUCACAGCCGAACAAGCAGUCUUGAUAGCCCACGCUCGUAGUUACGCUACAACUUCGUCAAAUUUAAUCCCUGGUGCUAUGGCUGCAGUCGGUCUUUCGGCCGAAGAGUGUGCAAAACUUCUCCCAGAAGGUGUCUACAUUGCGUGUGACAACUCCGACGACAAUGUUACCAUUUCUGGGCCUGAUUAUGCAGUCAGAGAUUUCUUGAACCAACUCAACGUUCGAGGAGUCUUCAAUAGACUCAUCAGCAAUGCUAAUUACCCACUUCAUAGCCCGCAUCUUGAACCAGCCGGACAAAAAAUGUACAGUUCUGUGAAAAAAGUCCUCCCUGAAGUGAAAGCAAGGACCAAGAGGUGGUUACCAUCAGCUGUUCCCGAAAACGAAUGGAAUACCGAUUUGGGGAAAUAUAAUUCGGCCGAAUACCAGUUCCACAAUUACACCAACCGGGUUUAUUUCAGACAACUGUUGAAGCAUGUACCUAAAGACGCUAUUGUGGUGGAAGUUGCGCCUAGGGGACUCCUUCAGGCAAUUUUGCGACGUGGACUUGAUAAAAAUGUGACACUUGUGCCAUUGCUCAAACCUGGAGUUGACAAUCUUGACUUUUUCUUGUCGAGUGUUGGGAAAUACUAUAAUGCUGGUGGUCCGUUAGAUGUCACACAGUUGUACAAACCACCACCGUUCCCCGUCAGUAUUGACACACCCAUGAUCAACAAUUUGGUCAAAUGGGACCAUAGAGUGAAAUGGCACAAACUUAGGUUUAAUCCGAGGAGUUACUUCGGGAAGAGGAUUGAUAUUGACAUGACUGAUCAAAGCAAUCAUUAUUUGGAAGGACACGUUGCUGAUGGACGCCUUAUGUUACCUGCGGCGGGUUAUCUUGUCUUGGUUUGGCAGACGUAUGCAAGAAUGUUGGAAAUUCCAUUCGAUAAAUUGCCGGUAGUUUUUGAAAACGCCAAAACUCUGCGACCUGUUAUUCUUGCUGAAAAUGCCAUCACCAGUGUUGUAGUUAAUCUUUUCAGGUCGACUGGUAAAUUUGAAGUUUGUCUCGAGAAUGACGAAGACCAUCCUUUGGCAAUUGGUUUAAUUCGAGCUGUGAAUAAAAUCGAUGAAGAGUUCUUAGACUAUUCGUCUCUUCCUCGUCCUAGUCAAUACAAGCUUAAAAUCAGCAGUGAAGACUUUUACAGUUGUAUGCAUUUGAGAGGAUUUGACUACGAUGGUCUUUUCCAAGGUGUUCAAAGCUGUGAUCUCGAUGGCCGGUCAGCAACCUUAAAAUGGAAUGAUAAUUGGGUGGCUUUCAUCGACAGUAUGACCCAAUUCAUCUUAAGUAUUGAAGCCACAGGUCAUAGUCUCCCCACCGUCUACGAAAAAAUCGUGAUCAAUCCACAAGAACACUUGAAAUCGAUUGGUGCCAACAAUACUGUGACUCUCAACUACAACAAACAUCUAAAAGCUGCGAAAUGUGGAGGUGUUGAAUUGAGGAGCUUGACAGUGACUAAUAUCAAGAGACGGGUUGCUGACGUUGAACCGUGUUUGCGAAAGUACACUUUUGUUCCUAACAAUGACACCAAGAAAGAAGCAGAUUCCUUCCACCAUGCUCUUGAUGUGGCUUCCCAAAUCGUCAUAGAGAACACAACCGAGUAUUUGAACCUCAAUGUUGCAGAAAUCAAGUCCGAUGCAGCUAUCCAAAUUUUAAGAACGAUCAUCGAACCUGUCAAUUUAAAGAAAACAAAGUUCCAACAACUCAACUCUAUUGAUGACAAUAUGAGUGAAAAUUUCGAUAUGUUGAUCGUUCAAGAAAUUACCAAGGAUCAAAGCGACGUCCUUAAGGAUUAUUUGAGACGUUCUCGAUUUGUUUUUGCAAAAGUACAAAACCCUGAUUUGAAAGAUGUUGAUGUGAUUUACCAACACGUCACCAAGACCGGCAUCUACGUUUUGCUUCGACGUCCUCAAGAUCUCCCUGAAAACUACACAGUCGUGAUGGCAAACAACAACAACUAUAAUUGGGUCAAAGACUUGAAAAUGGCCGUUAAAAAAUACCGCUCUCCACAAUCACGCAUCUACCUUAUUAACGAAGACUUCAAUUCUGGAAUUGUGGGGUGGUUUAACACCAUUCGACACGAACAGUAUUGCCCAAAUAUCAGACUGUUCCUCAUCAGGAGUUACAAAGAAGUUGAACCGUUUGCUCUCAAUUCGAAAUUUUACGCCAAACAGCUCAAGAAGGAUCUGACGGUGAAUGUGUACCAAGACGGGGCUUGGGGGACGUACCGCCGUUUACCGGUAGAACCAUUCCAGCCGCGUUUGUACUCCGAUGCCUGUCUUAUGAAGGACAACAGUGGAGUCAAAUGGGUGGAAAAAUCCCCGUAUCAGACCAAAUGCGAAAUUAUGGUAAAUUUCGCAAGCAUAAGCAGCUGGGAUUUGGCCAAAAUCAGUGGAAAAGGGGGCGAUGCUGAGUACGAAUUUUUGGGAUUGGAGUACUCGGGAGUUGACAAGAAUGGAAACAACACAAUGGGGUUGGUCUCCAAAGGUGCUCUAGCUACGUCAGUGCAACCCCAUGAGAAACUCACUUGGACUUUCUCGAAUAAGUUGUCGUCUGAGGAGGCAGCAACGAUUCCUCUUGCAUACACUUUGAGUUACUACGCCUUGUUUAUCCAAACUCACCUCUCACCCAAAGACUCUAUUCUUAUCCACAAUUCGGGGAGUGAUGUCAGUAUGGCAGCGAUUGCUCUCGCAACAAACAAGAAUUGUGCCGUUUAUAUUGUUGUAAAUUCAUCAAAUCGGGAUAUUUUGAGGAAAUUCCCUAAAAUUCAAGAAAAUAACAUCAUCUACGACAGUGAAGGUAGUCCGUUUUAUGAAACUCUAAUGACGAAAACCAACGGGAAAGGUGUUAACACGAUUUUCAACUGCAAUUCGAUCGAACUGUUGAAACUCUCGAAGAAAUGCAUUGCGAAAAAUGGUCGAUUUAUCGAGUUUGGUAAUAGUUUGGGAACAUUCAUCGAAACCGAGAAUUUGAUGGAGAACAACUGUUCUUUGUACAAUAUUAACGUCAAUGACGUGUUUGAGGAAAGUCCCGAGAUUUUGGACAUCAUCGCUAAAGACAUUGAUAGAUAUGUGAAAGAAGGUGUUGUGGUGCCACUCAAAUAUUCGGUUUAUGGCAAAGACGACAUUGAAAUUGCUUUGAAGAAUCUUGAAGAUAAAGAUUAUGUGAAGAAAUGUUUGAUUAAGAUUAAAGACAAUGGAGGUUUCUUCUCCAAGCCCGAAAACCGGAUUUUGGCUUACCCUCGCACUUACAUGGACCCCAGUAAGUGUUAUAUUGUGAUUGGCGGUUUGGGUGGUUUUGGUUUUGAACUAACCAAAUGGAUGAUUGAAAGAGGUGCCACUAAAGUGGUCAUCAAUUCUCGGCGUGAGGUGCGAUCUGGGUACCACGCGAGUUGUCUCCAGAAAUGGAACAACCAGAAGAUCACCGUCUUGACCAACACCUCCGACACUGCAACUCUUGAAGGAGCCGAAUCUUUGAUAAACUUUGCUUCCAAUCUGGCACCAGUUGGAGGAAUCUUCAAUGCUGCUUUGCACGUCAAAGACGGCUUCAUGACCGAUCUUGGUCCUGAAGACUUCGCUGCAGUAGCCGGCUCGAAGAUUUUCAGUGCCCAAAACAUGGAUAUCCUCUCUCGCAAGCUCUGCAAAAAGCUCGAUUAUUUCGUCAUGUUCUCCUCAAUCGCUUCAAGUAUAGGCAAUGCUGUGCAAUCCAAUUACGCCUUCGUCAAUUCGGCCGUGGAACGUCUCUGCGAGACAAGAAAAGCUGAAGGUCUCCCCGCCCUAGCUCUUGAGUGGGGCCCACUAGCCGAUGUUGGUAUUUUGGUGAGAUUGAAGAUGACGAACCCGAUUUUGGAAACGGUGAGGCAGAAACUCAGCUCUUGUCUCAGGGUUGUAGACCAAUACUUGCAACAAAGCGAACCCGUGGUAGCCAGUUGUGCUUAUCCAGACCAAUCCAGUGAAGUCAGCGAGAAGAAAACUUUAGCCGAAUUAGUUGCAGGCCUAUUUGGUAUCAAGAAUUUGGAAGAGAUUGAAGAUAACACCACCUUGUUGGAGUUGGGAAUGGACUCGCUUCUUGGUUUUGAAGUCAAACAUAUUAUCACGAAAGAGUCGGGCUUGGAUGUUAGUGUCAACGACAUACGAAAUAUGACGUUCGAGAAGAUCAAAGAAAUGUCAACGCCGGCGUAAAUGUAGUUAGGGAUGGGGUUGGGUAUUGGUUGUAUAUUCAAUACUGAUUAUUAAACAAUCUCAUGCACAAA